AUGGGUUCUGUCCAACACCCGAUCGUUAUGAUCAACUCAGCAUGUGCAAGAUCAGCCCAAAUCUGCAAACUCACACCGGUGCUCCUGGAUGAAAUCUGGGCUCAAGCAGCCUUAGAUCCAGAGUACCUUUCUUUGAAAAAAGCCAUUGAGAACACCUCUGGGAAUCUGGUGAACCGAUACCUGACUUUAAAGGACAGACACGUCUUCUAUAAGGAAAGGUGGUACAUUCCAAAUCAUGAUUCGAAGACUACUGGUCACUUUGGACAAUUCAAAACGGCAGAACGCCUUCGGGCACUGUCCUUUGCCAAAAGAUGGACAACGAUGUGGAAGAAUACGUUCAGAGUUGCGAUACAUGUCAACGCGCUAAAGCCUCAAACACACAAGAAGAAAGGGAUGUUGCAACCUUUAGAGGUCCUCUCUAUUCCUUGGAGUUCCAUUUCAAUGGACUUUAUCACCAAAGCAACCAUCGAAGAACUUGCUCAAAUCUUCCUCCGGGAGAUAUGGCGACUGCAUGGACUUCCUGAGGAGAUUAUCUCCGAUCAGGACUCUAGAUUCGAAACAUAUCGUCCUCAAACUGACGGGCAAACUGAGAGAGUCAACCAAACGCUAGAACAGUAUCUCAAAACUAUUGCUUCUGUCAGCGGGACGAUUGGGCAGAGUUACUCCCGCUUGCCAAACAACUUCGACGCGUCCAGCGCGGCACAAGCACAGCAGAAAAAAUGGUAUGAUCAGAAACAGAUGAGUGCUCCAGAACUGAAGGUUAGGGACGAGGUGAUGCUGGACCGAUGCAACAUCUUAACCAAGUGA